GACGACACAUCGACAAUAGUUAGGCGUGUGGAUGCACGGGGAGUUCGACCGGCGUCCCCUUCCUCUUCGAUGAAAACCAUUGGAAACCCGAUCCUUGGGUACUUUCUUAUAAAUGAAGGUUCUCUAUCGACUCUUGUCUCAUUUAACUCUCCAUCCCUCACGAUCCCUCGAGGUUUUUCUUCUUUCCAUUUUCGUCUGUUUAUCUCUUCUACCUUCUUUUUCUUCAUUCUUCUACUUUUUCCUCUUCGAAAUUUCAUUUUGUCAAAAUUACGAAUUUAACUCACAGUGUAUUUUAGUGUGAUAAUAAGUGGUUGUUCGGUGAAUUUUUUUUUACCAUCUAUAAAUCCACUACGUCGUGCCAGAAUAAGAAAAUUCACUGAAUAUCAUUACGAUAUCACCUUUUGUUACUCGUCUUCGCAGAAGCUAAUCUUGUCGUUUUCAGGUAAAGAUGUUCAAUACAGCUGUACAAAAGCUGCGAUUUUUAUAUAAGCCUUACGCCUUGGCCAUAGUCUCGGUCGGAUACGUACUCGGCGAGUUGGGACAUUACGUGAUCGGUGUUACGAGUAAGGCGACCGCUGAAGAUUUACACUAUGGCGACAUAUCCUGCCAAUUGAAUUCGAGUACUCUUUCACUCAUCGAACUCCCGAUUAGAUGCGAACAGGCACAGAACGAGACUUACUGUCAAUCUUUAGAACUGAAUGGUUCUUCUUAUUGCGAAUGGAACUACAGCGGUCUCGGCUUAGACUACCAAAUCUUAGCAGGGCCAAGUUUCAUUGCCGUCUUUACAAUAGUUGGAGUCAUUUUAGGCAUCGCUGCCGAUCGAUUCAAUAGGGUCCGACUCUUAGCAAUAUGCACGCUGGUAUUUAGUUUGGCGAUCGUUUUAAUGGGAGCAGUGAAAGAAUAUUGGCAUCUCGUUGUCCUUCGGAUGGUUCUUGCUGCUGGCGAGGCAGGAUGCAAUCCACUAGCAACCGGUCUCAUUUCCGAUUGGUUUCCUGAGGAACAGCGUGGUCUCGUCAUGUCCAUUUUCAAUUGGGGUAUUUAUGGCGGUUAUGGCAUUGCCUUUCCGGUUGGCCGAUACGUUCCAGCUUUAAAUGCUUGGGAUCUAGGAUGGAGAGUCUGCUACUACGGAGCUGGAAUAGUCGGCAUCAUUAUCGCAAUUCUUACCGGUCUGACUUUAACUGAACCGGAAAGGAAGACCAUUGGCGAAGAAAACGAUAAGAUCAAAGAAAAAAAGAUCUCGAUUUGGAAAGUGAUAUUACAGCCACGAAUAAUACUCCUUUGUCUCGCUGCCAGCAUCAGACAUUGCGGUGGCAUGUGUUUUGCAUACAAUUGUGAUCUUUAUUAUCGCGAUUAUUUUCCGGAUCACGAUCUCGGCUGGUGGCUCUUUGCGGUGACCAUUGUCAUCGGCAGCAUCGGCGUCGUCGUUGGAGGUGUGGUCAGUGAUAAAUUUGUCGCGAAAAUGGGAAUCAGAUCACGUGUGGCAGUUUUGGCCAUCAGCCAGUUAAUAGCGACACCGCCAGCUUUUGGAUCAGUCUACUUCGAACCACGUUGGGCUAUGUUAUCCCUCGGGUUUUCAUAUUUCUUUGCGGAGAUGUGGUUCGGUAUCGUUUUUGCAAUAGUAGUAGAGAUCGUUCCGUUGAACUUAAGAUCUACGACUAUAGGUGUUUUUCUGUUCGUAAUGAACAAUAUUGGUGGUAAUUUACCGAUACUCGUUGAACCAACCAGGUUAGCUAUCGGCUUUCGGGAAUCCCUCUACAUUUUCUACGCUGGUUUCUACGGCAUAAGUUCAAUCAUGUUUCUUCUGACGAUGUUUCUAAUGGAUGGACCGGUAAAACAAACGAAGAACAUCGAAGAUCAAACUAGAUACGACAAUAGCACAUUCGUCAACGAUGAAGACCAACACGUUUCUUCGACAAUAGAACUUCCUCGAUUAUCCAUUCGACCGCCAUACUAUGAGAACUCGCAAUUAUGAUCAUGGUAAAUUAACGAUAAGAUAAGUAUUAAAAAUGAGCACCUCAUUUAAAGGAAAACGAAGAACUAUUAGUAGUUACUCUUGCAUUUAUUUUUGAAGAAAUUAAAUUAUACGCGUAUCAAAGUACAUCACGUACGUAAUUAUGUAAUCUCCAAAAUCUUCAAAGUCAAGACGGUACUUUUAACAUCAAGAACAAAACUGAUACCGAUACUAUAAUUAAACAAAGACUUGUGCUUUAAGACAAAUCAAACCGUGAUGUAUAAAAUGAAAAAAUAAAGGGAAGUAUUUCUUUGAAGAAUGAA